AUGCUUCACCAAAUCAGCUCCGCCUGUGCCCUUCUGGCCUUGGCCCUGUCCGCCUCUGCGACGCAGGCCACUGGUCCUGGUCCUGAGGCUUGCGGCAACCUAACCCAGGCCCUUGGGUCCAAGACGGUCGUCAGCAAUGUCUUGAGUAUGAACUACAUCGACUCGGUCAAAUCAUACUUCAACACCGAGCAAAGCAAGUUCAAGCCCUCGUGCAUCGUCUACCCAACCUCCGCCGACGAUGUCUCUCUUGCGAUCAAGGCAAUCCGACACUCCGAGUCCCGGUUCGCCAUUAAGGCGGGUGGCCACAACCCGAAUGACUUUUACUCCUCGGUCGACAAGGGAGUCCUGAUUGAUCUGUGCGAUAUGACGGAGAAGUCGUAUGACGAGGACUCGACGCUCGCGACCUACCAGCCCGGUGGGGACUUUGGCGAUGUCUACGAGUACUUCGCGAAAUGGAACCGCACUGUCGUUGGUGCGCGACUGGCUGGUGUAGGAACUGGUCUCGCGCUCUCCGGUGGUCUUUCCUACCUCUCGAGCCAGUACGGUCUGGCCUGCGACUCUUUCCGUGAACUCGAGGUUGUGCUCCCCUCCGGUGAAAUUGUGACAGCUUCCGAGAACGUAAACCCCGACCUUUUCUACGGCUUGCGCGGCGGCGGCGGAAACGCCUACGGCGUCGUCACAAAGUACACCGUGCAAUCCUACCCAGCCGACACCUUCUACGCCGGCAUCGUGGUCUAUCUCUUUCAGCACAACUCUUCUGUCCUAGAUGCGAUCAGCGACUUCAUCACGUACAACGAGGACCCCAAGGCCGCUAUCAUCGGGACAUACAUGAAGCUCCCGACACCCGGCUUCGACCUCAACCUCGACGAAGCAAUCAUCAUGUUCCUCGUCUACGACGGCCCCGACGCCGGAAACGCCUUCAAGAACUUCACCGACAUCCCGCACCUCGUCAACACCCUCGGGCAAAAGACCUACACAGAGGUCGUGAACAUGCCAAUCCCCAACAGCGCCGAACUCAACGCCGGCCGAAACACCUUCCGCGUGACAGUCCACGGCGGCGACGAAACAGGCAUCGCAAACCUAAACACCCUCUACGAGAAAUGGGUCGACUGGGGCAACGACAACAAGGGAAAAUACCUGCUCACGAGCUUCGACAUCCAGCCCAUCCCGAAGUCGCUGACUGAUGCGUCGAACUCGAACUACGGCGGCAAUGCGAUGCAGAUGCCUGAUGGGCCGUGGUACUGGGUUAAUUACCUGCUCACUGCGUCGCCGCUGCUUAGCGAGAAGGAUCUCGAUGAGGUGAACCAGAGCUACAAGGAGCUUGUUGAGGCGGUUCCGCCCACGGAGGGCUUGCCGCUGUUUAUUAAUGAUGCCAGUCAUGAUCAGAAUCCGCUUACGACGUAUGGUGGGUAUGCGAAGCUCAAGGAGAUCAAGGCGCGGUAUGAUCCGGAUGGGUACUUUGCGAACUAUACUGGCGGGUGGGCUUUCCCUUAG